GCCACAUUUUGUAUUCCACGGGAAUGAAAUAUGAGUAUUAACGAAAACUCAUUCCAAAGGAUAUGUUCCCUAAACUGAAAUAUUUUGUUUUUUUUCUGUCCAGGAAAUGGGUCGACAUAUAUUUAAAAACAGCGAAAGAAGGGGCCAGCUCUCUCUACUGCAGUUUAGCCCAAAUGACUACCCGUCCACAGACACCAUCGAGCUGCCAGUGGAUGGAGACGUCUUGCGGCGUCUUGUAGUAUCACUGCACACCAGACGUCCUCUCGACCAGCUGAGUGGCCGCCGCUCUGCCUCCCCCUCCAACCUGUGCGAGGUCUUUCAUUCACGGCCGGAUCUCCUGCUCAGAAGCCCAGUAAUGAAGGUGGUACUGGUGUCUGUGCUGGCGGCGGUGGCGAUGCAGCCUUGGCCUCCGUCCCUGGCCGCUGUCACCGCCAACCUCUUUCGUAGAGUGGAGGUCUCGAGAACGACGCUGAUGAGGUCACAGAACACAGAACUCGCCCAGCUUCCUUCAGGACUCUCCGAUUUAAUCCGCUGUGCUGCCGCGUGCACUGUUGACCCUCAAUGCCAAAUGUGGUGCCAAGGAGCCUCGUCCGAGGAGUGCCUCGUCUCAGACAUGGUGGUGGCGUCAGCUUAUGUAGAGGCCGACUUGGCUGAUGCAAUUGCUUGCUACACACGACGCCUCAAGGACUUGGUUGUCGGGGCGUCCAUCGAGGGAAGUCCAGUUCACCCUAAAUUUCCCCUGAGAGUUAAGGAAAAUCUUAUUGAUGGAAUCUUCUACCAGGAUGAAAAUAACAAAUGUUACAGAACGGAUAACAAUCUAAAUCGCCCCUGGUUUGCACUGGACUUCGGCACCACAGUAACUUUCCGCUUUGUUAAGCUCUUCGCACAGGCACUAGGCGCACUAAGCAUGGUGAACACCAUCGCUGACGUGGAGGUGAGAGUGGGCAUGGCAGCCGUGACUACCCCAGGAGACUUCAGCUCAUACCAAUUCUUCGGAAACUUUACCGGACCUGCUGUUGAGUUUGGACAAGUGAUUGUGUUGGAGUCUCCCGCCUCUGUGACGUCCAGGUUCCUCUCGGUGCAGAAGAUGCAGGACGGGGAGAGGCUGCAAGUUUGUCAUAUAGAAGUAUAUUGAGAGAUGUGUUCAAAGCUGUGGAGAAAAAUAAACCUAAAGGAAUUCACUUCCGUGUUGGUCUUUUUUGUAGUUAUCAAAAUAUUUUAUGAAGUAUAAUUGAGAAUGAUAGAUCAUAUACAUAUUAUAUAUUUUUUUUCUUUUUGGUGGUGGUGGGCAGGGAUAGGCAUAGAUCUAUUUCCUGCUUACGUUUUUGUUCUAUAAGAAUAUUACUGAUAACCCAAAUGGGCGGUUCAUGUGAUGCAUUUUGACAGAAAUUAAGGAAAAUUAAAGACAUUAAUC